CUGUUAUAUUUUUCUUGGGUUAUUUUAAGUCCACGAUUGUAUUCCUACUAAGCAUGUAAUCCUAUGCACGCUUAUUUGGGAGUAACUACCACUCAGCGGCGUAUAUGCAUACGAGGGGAUUACAGCUUCUUCCCGGAAGAGAACAGAGGGAGUGGGAAGCGCGUAUCCAACUUCCUCUCUUGUGGAGCACACGCACUUGCGGCAGCCAGACCAGGAAGUGCCCCGUAAACCGUAGAAAAGAGAGGACGUCACUAAGUUUGUUGUUAAUAGCUGAAUUCAAAUGGAUUUGGAGGUUAAAGGAGUUGCUGCAUCUCCAAGAAAGCAUGUACCACUGUCCUCAAAGAAAAAUAAACUUGCUCAAGGAUGGAGGACACAUACAAAAUCAAACCAUGGUCCUCGACCAGCAGAAGUUCCAUGCCUUGACUUGGGGAAAUUGGGAGAUUCAGAGGAUGAGGAUGGUGAUACCUACAUUCCAUACAGUGCUGGGGAGCCUCAUACUGAUCCACUACAAUCAUCUUCAACUAUUAGCUGGGGUACUCCAGUACAGAAUCCUUCUGCACAGCAUUAUGAUAUUCAACAGCUUUCUUUGUGGGAGCAAAAGACAGUACCAGAAAAUUUGCCACCCCCAGCAGAUUCAUAUAAACUAAAGUAUCAGCAGUAUGAAGCAGAAAUGAAGGAAGGAUAUAAAGAGUAUUCUCAGAGAGCUGAGGAAAAGAAAGCAAAGAACAGCCAGCCUCACAAAACUCCAGGAAAAAUAAUUGAGGAACAGCCUAAAAACAAAACAGAUGAUGAAUUGACAGUUCUUGAUGAGAAAGCUCUUCUGCAGCAGUGCUAUGCAAGUAAACCCUACACAACACAACACAACAUAAGAAAACUGGAAGCUGAGGAUUUAGCAACAGAAAGAAAAAAACAAGCUGUAGUGGAACAAGUAAUGAUAGAUCAGUUAUCUAGAGCUGUGAUAAGUGAUCCAGAGCAAAAUAUGAGGACUGAUACUUGUGAGAAGGAUCUUAUGUUUCCAGGUUUAAGGACAGCACCUCUGCGCUUUAGAAAAAGAACAUUACAUGAAACAAAAAUAAGGACUAGGUCAGCAUUAACUGAAAAUAUGCUUUCCAACAAAUUGCGUUUUGAUGGUAGAUUAAUAUCAAGAAAUGGUCGUGAUGCUUGUCGAGAAUUGAUUGGAUUUUUCUUUGCAUGUGACAAAUCUCUAACUGUUUAUGAAUAUCGACAAUUUGGUAAAAAUAGAACAAAAGCUUUGCCUUUCAUUCAGAAAGGAAUUUAUAGUCAUCAGCGUGGACAAAGAAAAGGAAAACAAUACUGUCUCAAUGAUGUCUAUAUUGGAGCAGACCUAACUUUUUUGACCCUUCAUCAUCCUGGCCUUCCAGAAAGUAUUAAACAGAAACCAUUGUUUACAAUCCGUGUCACAAAUAUUGAUGAAACUGCUAAAGCUUUUCUAAAGACAUUUGAUGUGGAAAAUGAAAAACAUGCUCUCAGACAGGAAGAUGAUGGCAAGAAUAUUUUUAGGAAUAUUCAAGAUAUGCUAAGAGAAAAGCUAAGUAAAAGAGGAGUUCGUACUGUUACGGGAUUAGGAAAGUACUUCCGGGAAAUGGAAGAGAAGCAAAACGGAAUUCUUACAAAAGCAGACUUCAAGGAGGCACUGAAAAUGUUUCAUUUAGAAGUUUCUGAAAAGGAUUUUGAGGCUUUGUGGUUAAUACUUGAUGACAACAGUGAUGAUGAAGUUGAUUAUAUUGAGUUUACCCAUGCCAUCCUUGGAGAAAUGAAUGAAUAUAGGAAAGCAUUUGUCAGAAAAGCUUAUAUGAAGCUGGAUUAUAACAAAACUGGCAGUGUGCCUAUGAUAGAUAUCAAGAAAUGUUAUUGUGCUAAAAAACACCCUCAAGUCUUAGCAGAUAAUGCAACAGAAGAAGAAAUUAAAUCUUCAUUUCUAGAAACUCUGGAGGAUGCCUGUAGAAAUCCCAAUGAAGUAUCAUUCUGUGAGUUUGAGGACUAUUAUGAAGGAUUAAGUAUUGGAAUUUUGGAUGACGAAGAUUUUGUUAACACGUUAAGGAAUCCCUGGGGAAUUUAGAAGUAAAGAGUGUACAAUGGGUGAGAAACUACACCAGAAUUUGUUACAUGUUAACAAUACAAUUAAAAUGUAAUAAAUUAGCCUGAAUAGUCUGAAGACACUUAGUAUAUGUUUGAAUGUCUGUUCAUCUCUUGUGUAUUUUACAAUUUUAUACUUUCUAUCUCUUAAUUCUUAAUGUUCUUAAUAUGAAAACUGUGUCUAUUUACUUUUACAUUUUUACUAACAAAGUUGGAAUAUUUUUGCGCCUCUCAAAACUAUUAAGACUACAUCCUAGAUAAUGAAAUGUUUUGUUAAAUCAGUGAAUUGUGGAACUGAGUUAAAGGAUGUAUGUGAGAGGAAGCUACGAGUAUGAUCUAUCAAGGUUUUGAUCAAUAUAGCUGAUUUUGUUUAAAGUGACAGUAUGCAGCUACUAUAAAAUGACUGUUUCUAGCAAGACUCUAUAAUUUAGAAGUGAUUUUAACAGUCUUGUUAACCCCACAGUAUAUACAUGGACUGAAGGGCUGGUACUAUCAUAAUUCCCUACCUGUCUCUGACAGAUCACACUAUAAAAGGUAUUUGUGUGUCUUUGAGUGAUUUCCCAGGUGCUUCCUAUGUUUUUCCUUAAGUACAAACCCAAUUGCAUAGAAAGUUGUUUUCAAUUGUGCUCUUAGGGCAUUUAAAAAGCUGUCGUCAUUUCAUCCCCGGCAAAUAUGCCUAAACUGAGGAGCAUCUUAUAGCAGUUGCUAGAAUAUGGAGGAGUCUGGAUUCUGAAAUUCACAUACACUAUUGUAAUGUUUUAAAAUGCAAUAUCUGCUCAUUUCAUUCAUCUGGUUACUCCAGCUACAAGAUUUUUUGACUGCAUGUUUUUUCACAAAAAUGUGUUUCCCAUUUCAUACUUAAAAAAAUUAUUUGAAAAGCACACAGAUUACCUGGCUAGUUCUAGAAUUCAUCCUGUAUCUAUCUUGUUUAUCCAAGUGUUUCCUCAUUGUGGUAGUACUAGUUACAUUGACAGCACAUACCACCUAAUGAAGAUUUGUUUUAUUGUGAUUAUUGGAAAUGGUUGUAAUUUUUAUGAUUGUAUUGUUUGUUAUUUUUAAUUAGGUCGUACAUUGCUUUGAUAUUUUUUAUAUAGAGGGUAUAAAAUGCUUUUAAAUAAAUAAAAGCUAAAUGCUUUAGUUAACAGGUGUAUUGCUUCCAUAUAGUUCAUCGCUAUGAUCUGUCAUUAUUUUGGUUAUUUUUAGUAAAAGUUAAUGUAAAGAGUAGCUUAACUGAUCUUGAAAAAACAGUUUAAUAUGUAAUUCAUCAUCUGUGUGUUCAUUUUUUAUCAUGUCGCUAUCAUGUCUUUAAAUUAUGCCUUUAAAAUAUGGAUUUUAUGCUGAAGAAAUUUCUUUAAACUUUGGUAAGCUUGUUAGGAUGAAAUGUGCAAUUUAAUGUGAGAGACUUUUCAG